AUGAUGAGAAUAGCUAUCGUGGGUGGUGGAGGCUUCGCAGCUAUCCUAGCCCAUCACAUCACACAAACAGCGAACCCUGUGAUAAUUCUAUCAAGAGAAUCAAAACCAGAGUUAGAAGAACGCUACGACUGCCAAGUUGCCGUAGUAGACUAUGACGAUGCCGAAAGCCUUCGUUUCGCCCUCCAGGGUAUUGAUCUCGUCAUCUCGACGAUACGCGGACAGGAACAAAUCAACGUCAUCCACGCCGCGCGCCACGCCCGCGUCCGCGUCUUCGUCCCCGCAGAGUUCGAAGGCUCGAUAUCCCACCGACCAUCCGGCGCAGAUCCUCUCGACUACGGCUCCUCUGAAGCUAUAGAGCUACUGAAACACUGCGCCAGUUCCAAGUCUCGCAAGAUGGAAUACACAGUCUUCUCCUGCGGCAUCCUGUACGAGCGCUUCGCUCCGGGCGGGCUGGCAGAGUACGGCAUGGGAGCCCGCGCUACCAUCGGGAGUCAGGGGUCCUAUCUCGUCGAUGUCGGGAAUGCGUCUGCAGAUAUUGUCGAGACCAACAGCGCUGGAAGACCUGUCCAGGUCUGCAUGACCUCCGUCGCCGACGUGGCUCGGUUUGUUGCUGCUGCUAUUGAGCUGGGGCCUGGGGCAUGGCCUCGCGAGUUCAAGAUGAGAGGGGACAGGAUGUCGGUUCGUGACAUAUUUGCAAAGUGCAGCAACGUGAGAGGUGUGGCAUUCACCUUGCGUACUCGAAAGUACUCCAAGCUUCAGAGCGAGCUUACACACUACUUACAACGACAGAACUGGGACCAGUGGUGGAAUAUCCAGCGUCUGGUAGCUACGGCGGAUGGUCGAUAUGACUUUCGUCAGGCUAACCUGAAUGAAGCCGUCGACUUUCGUCCAGUCAGUUUCAGGUCGUGGCUCGAACCCAACUGGGGACCAGGAUCAUAG